CUCGCGGAUCUUACCGUCACGCGAAAAUAAACAAAAUGGCAGCCAGUCACAGCUAGUGCGGCGGGCGACUCGGAUUCGCUCAUGCGCUCGCGCUUUAGACUUCUCGACCAAUCAGAAAGUGAUAAAUGUGCGUGCGUCGGAAGAUGAUUGGCUGCCGCGACGCUUCUUACUAAUAAAAUGUUGACGCAAUUCUAUGUAAAGCAGCUCUUACGUGAUCACGUGGUUAAGCAAGUAAUGAAAUAGUGGGGGAAACAGCAUAAGAAGAAUAGUAUGUGCAAAAAUAAAAAAUUUAGAUUGUGAAGAUACCGAAGGUCUAUUAUAGAAUUAGCGUGUAAAACGCCUUAUAGUGUUUUAUUAUCGACAUUUUCGGACGAAGCGCCAAAUUUAUUGUUGCUCGCCACCGCAAUCGUGCCAAACAGUACAGGUUAUCGGCGAUAACAUGGCUCCAUUGUGAUCGAGGCUCGGCGUUCGUAUUCUGUAUGACAUGUUGAAUCGUUGCACGUUGCGCGUUGCCCGUUGUCCAAGUAACUUGUCGCCGUUGCGGCUCGCCAUUUAGCAUCGCGAAAUUACGAGUUACGUAGUGAGUACCCGCAGCGCCCACUUGUUUCAUGCGCGCAGCGAUAUAAUCACCGAUACUUGCACUGCAAAUGUGGAAGCCCGUUUCGUUGUAUGUUGUACAUACGUUACAAUUUGAGCGUCUCCAUUCGAUUUAACCUAGAACCCAUUCAUCACGCAGUCGUUUCGCCACGAAACGAUUUCCUCGUCCCGAGACAUGAUCGAAGAUUCUUUCUCCUUAUGCGAUUUCUACUUGUGAGCGUCAUAAGCCGUUUUCAGGAGGAGAUUGUAUAAAUAUUAACGAUGUCUGUACAUUACAAGUUUAAAUCCACUUUGGACUAUGAUACUGUAUCAUUUGACGGACUACAUAUUUCAGUGGCUGAUUUGAAAAAAGCCAUAUUUCAUCAGAAACGUAUUGGCAAAAAUACAGACUUUGACCUGCAAAUUACAAAUGCACAAACAAAAGAAGAUUACACAGACGAUAGUGCAUUAAUUGCUAAAAAUACUAGUCUAAUCGUUGCUAGAGUUCCAUUAACAGUACAACAAAAGCGUUCCUGGGAUCGAAAUGAAGCCCCUCCAUUUAGUAAUUUAAAAGAUGAAACAAAUUUGGGCCGAACUGUAGAUCUUACAAGAUUAGAUGGUUCUGAGGAAGAUAAAAUUCGUGCAAUGAUGACACAGUCGACUCAAGAUUAUGAUCCAUCAAAUUAUAUGAAGAUUCGCGGAGCUAAUCAGACUGGUGAUGUACCUGCCAAUUAUCGUUGUUAUAAGUGCCACCAACCUGGACAUUGGAUAAAAAAUUGUCCACUAGGCACAAAUCAAGAGCCAAUUGAAAUAAAGAAAAGCACAGGCAUUCCCAGAAGUUUCAUGGUGCCAGUUGAAGGACCCUUAGUACCUGGUGCUAUGAUGACACCCACAGGACACUAUGCUGUUCCUGCUAUUGACCAUCAAGCCUAUAAGGAAGGCAAGAAAGAACGACCACCAUUUUCGCAAGACCCAGAACCUGUAGCAGAAAAACCAGAAAUACCAGAGGAUCUGUUAUGUAAUAUCUGCAAAGAUCUUUUAACGGAUGCAGUGAUGAUUCCAUGUUGCGGAAAUUCCUUUUGCGACGAAUGUAUUCGUACAUUUUUAUUAGAAUCAGAAGAACACGAAUGUCCAGAUUGUAACGAAAAGGAUGUGUCACCAGAAACUCUUAUUCCAAAUCGAUUUUUACGUAAUGCAGUGAUGAAUUUUAAGAAUGAGACUGGUUAUGCCAAAAGACAAACGUAUCGGCCUCCUGCUCAAAGCAGUGGACACUCUAUUGCAUCGUCGGAUCAACCAAAACCUGAAGUACAACAAACUGCAAGUCAAGUAACCACACAAGCUAAAACCGUGCAACCGUCCGUUGUUCCUGAUGUACCAUUGCAAGAGUCUGCGGAACUUCAAUCCACUAAUUUUGAAUCUGCCUUGCAACAAGCUCCAGCUACCACUUCUACCUCGCAGCCACAGACAUCAACGAUUCUGCCUGAAUCCACUCCAGAGUCACACUUGCAAAGUGAUUCGGUAACAAAACUAACAACUGACGAGGAAACUGAGGUACCUCCUCCUCCAGGGACAGAGCCUUUACUUCCUAUUCCUGCCAUCGUAAGUUCGCCGGAACGGGAACACGAGCGAAGUGAUCCUCCCAGUCGUGAGAAGAAAGAACGUGACAAUGAAUACGCAGGAGAACGUCAAUCGAGAGAGCGUCGACGGAGUUUCAGCAGGGAUGGACACCGUGAAAGAAGUGGAGAACGUGGUCGUAGAAUUGAGAAUUUACGGCCGCUGAAUCGCAACCGUAAUCGUUCCCUGUCGCCGAGACAUUCCCAGCAUAGCGAAUAUCCACCUUCGGGCACGGUACUGCCUCAUUUAAUGAACCCGCCUCCUUCCAAGGGUUAUCAAGGUCAUCUUGCGGAUGAUGGACAUUACCCGCCUGCUAUGCAUUAUGACAGCGGAAUACGUAGAUCUAACGAAGAUCGUGCAGGCACUCCGACGGUCGACGAGCCACAUUUGCAUGUUUCUUCGUCCGGCAAUCAACCACCGUUACUGCCGUUUCCACCGGGCGAGGAGCGCAUCCCACCGCCAAAUUACAAUCAGCCACCGCCAAACGUACCUCCGCACAAUCCACCACUGUUGCCAGAUCCGUAUAUGAGUCAUCGUAUUCCGAUAUAUCCGCAUCAACAGGGAUCUCAUUAUGGACCGCCGAGAUAUGACAGACCUCCUUAUCAGCAGCAGGGAUACCGACCGUCUCAGCCACCUCGGAACUACAAUGGACCACCGAGACCGAUGAGAGGUUUACACCACAUGGGAUAUAGAAACUUGCAGCCGCCGCCGCCAGGACUAGGUAGAAAUAUACACAAUGGAAAUCCGCCAGGUAUUAUCGAUGAUCCGUUGGAGGCAUUCGAACGAAUGCUCAGAGAAAAAGACGAAAGAGAUAGACGUUUGGGAAAGCACAGAAGAAGGAGCAGAACCCGAUCUCGAUCGCGCAGCUACAGUCGAUCUAGAUCUCGUUCAUUUAGCCGCAGAUCGCCAUUCGGAUCUCGCCUUAGCCGAUCACGAAGUCCGCCAUCGAAGCGAAGAUCAUCGAGAUCACCCUUGCCGCUCAGACCUCGUAGCCGCACUCCGAAACGUAGAUCGCGAAGUGGGAGCUUUUCUAUUAGCAGAUCUAGAUCAUACUCGCGUAGUCAAUCGCCAAGGUUAUCUCCGUCAAGAGACAGAGAUCGGGAUAGAGAUCGGGAUAGAGAUCGAGAGAGAGAUCGGGAAAGAGACCGUGAUCGCGACAGAGAUCGCGAACGGGAUCGAGAUCGCGACUUACUGCCCAGAUAUCGAUCGCCAGUCAGAUCACCUCCGAGAUUUCAAAGGGAGAGAGAUCGCGAGAGAGAUCGUCCGCGAUCUCGCGAACCUCGAGAUGGAUAUGGUACUUAUUAUAGCGAUUCGCCAGCUCACGAUUAUCAGUUCCGUGAUCGUGAACGCGAUUUACCACCAAGAGAGAGGCCGUUACCGAGAUAUCCAAUUAGGAACCAGCCGCCCCCGCACAAUAUACCAUUGAUGCCGCAUCUAGUCACUGGAGGUCACCCACCACCGCCGCUUAUUGGGUCAUUGGGACCUCCGCCUACGGACAGGAAAGACUAUUAUGAUUCCUACAACAGGUAUUCCGGACCGCCACCGCCGCAGCGCUUCGGCAGUCCUCUGAGGGACCUUCCGCCUCACAAGCGAUUCGACGAUGUAGCGCCGCCCGGUACCGAGGGCUACUACGACCUCUCGCCGCCGGGCGUCGAGCAUUCCGAGAGACCGUUGAGGGAUGAUCGCGAGCGACAGCGUUCUUUGCGGGAUCAAGAGGACCGCGAGCACUCGUCUAAGGAUCGUGAUAACGAGGAGCGCGACAGAUUGAGAGAUGACAGGAAUCGCGACCGUGAGGAUCGUAUGCGCGAGAGGGACGAGAGAGAUCGCAGAAUCGUAAAUCGUGAACGUGAGGAUCGCGACAGGCAAGCCCCGCCGAGGGAUCACGAGGAGAGGAUACGGGAGAAGGACGAGCGCGACAGAAGGGAGAAGGAGAAAGAACGGGACGAUAGACACAUUCGUGAUCGCCGAGACGAUGAUAGGCACGUCGAGAAGAAGGAUUAUGACAAGGAUCGUUACAGAGAUGACAGAGAUCGUCACAGGCAAGAUGACAAGAGUCGGCCGCGUGAGAAGGAGAGACGCGAGCGCGAGUACGAAUCCGAGAAGGAUAGAGAUCGCCACGAGAGAUAUGAGAGGCGUUCGGUAGAGCGGAAGAAGAACAGGAAGAGCUCAAGUCCGUAUUCGCAAAAGUCGAGAGGCGAUCUUAAGGACCUGUCACCGGAGCGGAGCAAGAAAAAGGAGAAGGAUCACGAGGAAAAGACGGAGGAGAAGAAGAAGGAGAAGAAGAUCAAGGAGAAGAAGAAGAAGAAGGACAGCGAGGAAAAAGAGAAGAAAAAGAAGAAGAAGAAGGACAAAAAGUCGAAUCAGAAGGAGGCGCUCAAGGACGACUCGAUGAAGGCGAUGGAAGCGGAGGACGCGCUAGCCGAGAAUAAAGCGACGAAUGACACUCUGUCGCUCGGCAAGACCGAUUCAGUGAAGACGUGCAACGAGGAGGACAACAUCGAGAAUCGGAUGGAGUGCAUCUCUAACGAGGCGUCCAUCAUGCCGAUCAAGGAAGAAUUCGAGGAUAAGUCGCUAGCGAUGAAUCCGGAACCGCCGGAAUUCAACGAGCCCAGUCCCGGCAGCGGUCGGCUCGACCGCACGGAAUUUGGCACGAAUCCGCCGAAUCCGAACUUCAAGCCGAUCCCGGAGCUCAAGUCGGAAAUGAAGAUCGAGAGUCUCUACAGCGGGCUCGACGACGCGGAAAUCAACACUGUGAUCACUGAGAAGUACACCUUACUGUCGGAACAUCCGCCGACCGAAACGAAGGAAAACGCCGCCAUGCUGACCGCGAGCUCGGAGAAGUCGCCGAAGAAGGACGAGUUCUUAGCGCCCAUACCGGAAUUGUCCAAGUGGGAGCGGGACGACACGACUGAGAAACCCGAUGACGACGACGACGAAGACGACGACGCGGCGACGGCGGCGGCGACAGCGACUGCGGACGGAUCGCCGACGGAGAGCAUGCAGCGCGAGGACGAGCCGAAGUCGAUGAAAAUGGUCACCUCGGAGGUGCUGAAGCGGGCGGAGAAUGCCAUAUUCCAGAAGGCCAUUAACGCGAUCCGGCCGAUUGAGAUUAAGAAGAUCAGCGAGAGCAGGAAAAUUCUGUACCAGAAUCCGGAGCCCAAGGUGCUGGAGGCGGUGACGGAGCCCGCUAAUCGAGAGCCACGCAAGAGCGUUAACGUAACAAUCAACGUCGGUAGAAACGAGAGGAACGUCGAGAUCACCGAGCCGGUGAAGAAGGCCAAGCUCGAUCGUACCAAAUUCAAGCCGGUUCCGGAGACAGCCUACUCGCCAACCAGACUGUCCGCCAAAGAGAGACUCGGCGACAAGAUCGAGGACGGCAAGGAGAGGAAGAUCAGUCCUAUAAAGGGAUUCUUGGAGAGGCGCGACGCGAAGAGCGAGAAUCAGUCGAGGAGCCGAUCGCCCAGGCGGGAGAAGCGACUCUCCUCGCCGCUCUUGGAGCGGCGAGUGGAUCCCCCGUCGUUAAGCUUGAGCGGCACGAGCGGCGAACGAAAGGUAUUCCUGGAGGAGAGAAAACGAGACAACAAGGAUAGAGGUGAUCGGUCGAAAGACAGAUCCGACUUCCGAGGCGAUAGGCACGAGUUGCGAUCCGACAGGGAGAGUAGAAUUGAUUUCCGCUCAAGUAGAAACGACAUGAAGGACAAGGAUCGCGACAAAGAACGGGAUCGCGAGCGCAGAGGUAGGACACCACCUCCGUCGUCCUGCGCGUUCAAGAGAACGGAGAUGUCGAAGAUGGGUCUGUUGAAGUCGAAGGACGACGAGGAAGAGAAGAGACGUGACAAGAAGUCGUCGCGGGAGGAGAAGAAGAGGAAGAAGGAGCAUCGCAGUAGAAGCAAGUCCAAGGAACAUAAGAAGCGCAAGGAGAAGAAGCAUAAGAAGGACAAGGACAAGAAUCAAGAGAAAAAGCAAAAGCACAAGGAGAGCGCGGCCUCGAAGGACAAGUCGGACGGCAACGAGACCAAGAUCGGUUACGAGAACAUCGAGCCGCCUCUCGUUGCGGAAUCGUUGAAGAAACAAAGGAAGAAUCCGAAAUUGGUGUCGGAUCGCAAGCGCAGCAUGCUCGACGAGGCGAGCUUCGAGCCCGAUUACUCGGCUUCGGACUCGGAAUCGGACGGCGAGGAGGGCAAGAUGUUGCCGCCCGCGAAGAAGCAACUCGACGAAGCGGAGCUGAACAAAGAGAUGGAGAUGAAGUCUCUGAAGAAGUGGUCCAAGUCGAGCAGUAGCGAGGAUACAUCCAGCAGUUCCGACACGACAACCUCCGAUUCGGACAGCAGUGACGAGUCGCACAAGAAGAAGAGGAAAAAGCACAAGAAGCACAAGAAGAAGAAAUCUGCCAAGAAGGACAGCAGCUCGGACUCGGAUACUUACUCGGACUCGUCCGACAGUAGCAGCGACGAGGAAAAGCACAAGAAGAAGUCGAAGAAAUCGAAGAGCAAGAGCAAGCAAUCGAAGAAGAAGAAAAAGUCCAAGCAUAAAUGACAUCACUAGACACCUUUGAUGUUCGCGAUGACGAAAUCUUAAUCCGAAACAAUGAAGAGAGAAGAAUAGAACUUUUCUUCUUUGAGCGCUUACGAUUAUUAUGAAAAUUACUUUUACGAUAUCGUCCACGAUACUGGAGGAAAGAUUUUGCAGCAUUGUUAUUCGCAUAUUUGUUAGGCAGAUUAUGACAUUGCUAUAAUUCAAUGUAAAAAAGUUUUUUUUAGCAACAGGAAUCAUUUAACAGUAGGUUUUUUAUUUGCGCGAAAGAAGGAAAAGGCAUUUGGUGGCAAAACAACUUGAUAGAUCGACGAGCGGUGAAAGAGGGAAGAGUGUAUAUGAUAGUCAAGUUGCUCUAAUUUAAAAAGGCAGAAAGGAGAGAAAAGAACAUUAUAUGGCCUUUACAUAAUCAUCAUCACGCUCUCGUUUAGCAUAUUUAAGUGCUGUAUGUAAGUUUAUUAUUACGAUAAGUGAUGUACAUUGUAGUCGAUGUAACUUGUACUGAUUUCAUCAAAGGAUAAUAAGUCUCUACAGAAAUCAUAGUAAUUAUACGAUAAAUAAAUUAGGAGCAACUUUAUUUAGGAUCUCCGCUGUCUCUCAGCAUUAUAUUGUACUUUCAUAAUCUAAUGUCAGUAUAUGUAAGAAAAAUCACAAAAUAAAAUAGUAAAAUUCUUUUAA